CGCUGACUCCGGAGGCGGACGGAGCGAUGUCGCUGCCGGAGUCGCCGAUGUCCGCGGGGCCGCGCUGGGCCCCGACGCACGUCCAAGUGACGGUCCUUCAGGCGCGGGGACUGCGGGCCAAGGGCAAGGGCGGCGGCGGGAGCGAUGCCUACGCCGUCAUGGCGCUGGGCAAGGAGAAGUUCGCCACGUCGGUGGCCGAGCGGUGCCUGGGCUCGCCCGUGUGGAGGGAGGAGGCCACCUUCGAGCUGCCGCCGCCGCCGCGGCGCGGCCUGUCCGGAUACGAAGAGGAAGAAGGGAGGAGCGCGCAGCCGGCCGUUCUCCAGCUCACCGUCUCCCAUCGCGCCCUGCUGGGACUGGACAAGUUCCUGGGACGCGCCGAGAUCAGCCUGGCGGAGCUGCAGAACGAGGGGGGCCGAAGGACCACUCGAUGGUACAAGCUUCACUCCAAACCGGGAAAAAAAGAAAAAGAGAGGGGUGAAAUAGAGGUGGACAUCCAGUUCAUGAGGAGCAACAUGACAGCCAGCAUGUUUGAUCUCUCUAUGAAAGAUAAGUCCCGGACUCCAUUUGGAAAGCUGAAAAAUAAACUGAAGGGGAAACGGGGAAAUGGAUUGCCAGAUACAGCCUCUGCGAUUAUUCCUAGCAUAACUCACUCACUAGCUGGCAGUGACGAAGAGUCAAACGAGAAAGAGAAGGAAAAGAAAAAAUCAAAGUUCAAGACACUAUUUUCCAAACCUGGCUUGCAGAAAAGCAACAUCUCCCAGUCCAUGUCUGUGCUACCUACUCUCCAACCAGUUACGGAGAGAGUGAGGCUUAGACCAAGUGACUUUCAGUCACGGUGGGAUGAUGAUGACGACAACACUUUAACUCCAGUCUCAGAGAAACCCCCUGCAAAUAGAGCUGAAGAGAACUUCCUUUAUCCUUCUUCUGGAAGAUCUCAUAAGAGAACAGGUAGUGCAGAUUCCAAGCAAUUGAACCAAAUUGCAUCCAGCAGCACCAAGAAAGAUGGGCAUUCUUUAUUUGGUGGCCUCAAGUCCAAAAAUGACCCAGUUUCCCGUUCCAAUGUAUGUAUCAAUGGCAGUCAUGUUUACGUCGAAGAGGGUGAGCCAAAAGGUGAUACCAUUCUAAAAGAGAACACUCCAUCUUCACCUUUCCCUUCCCCUCAGACAUCCCGACGAAAGCAUCUCUUUUCAUCACAAGAGAACCUGACUUCCAUUCCCGGUAAGGACGCUGAAGUGACAGGAGGACUGUCUCUUGACAAAGGACCACCUGAGUCUUCCUCACUGGAGUCCUUCAAAGCCAUGACUUUGCCAUCAUACAAACUGCUUAGUGGUGGGGAUUUGCUAGAAAGUAUCGCUCCAAUGAUUUCAGACACUUCAAAAGAGAUCAAAAAGCAGGAGAACAUGAAGUCUGCCUUGCUGUCCCUUGUGACAGGAAAAAAAGAAGCUGAAAAUAGUUCUGAGGUUUCUGUCAAGGUCAAGGAAGUGAAACGUAAUGAGAGAGAAUUGGCAGGAAAAGAGACAAACCCCUUUGAAGUCCCUGUGGAUUGCAGAAGAGACCAGGGCCCAGAUAAGAGAAAAUCUACAAAUGCCCCUGUUCCAAAGGCAUCCCUCAAUCCUUUUACUGAAAACACCGAGGAAGAGAAAUCAGAAAAAAGUGCAGCCUCUGUGAAACCAUCCCAGGCCAAACCCAUCAAACCCAGACUGGGCGUGUCUUCAGAGGAUGAAACCAAAGCCACUUCUACUGAUUCUGUAUCUCCUACUGUUUCUCCUUUCUGUCUUUCCCAUCCCUCUAGUAAUGACAAUAACCCUUUUACCUCUAAACAUGGUCCAGAAUGGAAAACUGAAGCUUCCAGUCAUUCUGCUAGUCCUCCAUUAAGACUUUCUGCACAGCAUGACAAUAAUCCUUUCACUCCUAAGUGGGGACAAGAAUCCAAAGAAGAUGACCCAGAAUGCUUUAGAGCUAGUCCUUUCUGCAGGCCUUCUCCAGUUGCUAGCAGUGAAAACAAUCCUUUUGCUUCUAAUUGGAGGCAGGAAUCUCAGACAGAGAAUUCUGAAGAUGUGACUAAAUCUCCAAUGUAUCUUUCCCAUCCUCCUCCAAGCCCUGUUCACGAAGAUCCUUUUGUAACUACACUGGAAGACGAUUCUGAAAGUAUUAACAGUCCUCCCACUUCUGUUUCCUUUCCUUCUACCGCUUCUGACCAAGAGCAUAACACUUCAGCAGGCAGUAUUGCUGAUUCCGAGCUCUAUCCCAUUGUGCCUUCAGAGAGCCUUCAGAGUGAAGAUCAAAUGGAUCCUGUGGAGAUUGUUCCCAGGUCUCUUUCUGGAAACCAACCUACACGUUUUUAUGACCGAAUUGGGCGGAUUCUAAAGACACAAGGAGAUGACAAAGAAGUGCAAGUGGUUAAGCCAUUUAAAGAAAACAGUGGAAGCAUAAAGAAGUCGGUGACCUUUGCUGUUGAUGACAUGAGAGAUAACAAUCGAGUAAAUAGUGAUCUGGUUGAGAGCAGGCCUCAUGGGGAAAGUGAGAAUACAGUAGAUCCCACUGGAGGGGAAGGGACACAAAGAUGUGAACUUAUAGAAGAUUGCUAUUUAUCCAUGCCUGAUGAUAGAAGAAUCACUGCAGUUCAUAACACUGGGAGCUCCUUAGAAAGAGAAAAUGAAAUCAGCCCCUCAAUUAAAGGAGAGCCACCAGUACCAAUCCAAAGAGUCCUUAGCCUGUCACCUAAGGAAACAGACAUCUCAAGGAUAGUAUUGAGUAGUAUUUCUUCCUCUGUGCCACCACCAAAGCCAGCUCCAAGAAGUUCUCUAAAACUAAAAAAGGAACCUUUUCCUCUGCCUGAAGCAAACCUAGAAGAUACGACCAGUUCUUCAGAGUUCGAGUUGCUUACAGAUACUUCUCCACUCUCCAGUGAAAAUCCAACAACUGUUAAUUUAAUCACAAUGGAACUUAAUCCUGAAAGUGAGGAUGAACUUUCGCAGAGCAUUAACAACAAUCACUCUGACACUCUCACAGGCAAACAGCUGGACACUUUAGCUGCUGAAGAAUUGCAUCUAAAACCAACAGCCCUUCCAGUUAUUCCUGAAGUAGGCUCUGAUGAUGAGCAGCUAAGUGACAUCCAGAAAGAUGAUGAAGGCUUGUCAAGUGCCCGAGAUGGUUCUUCACAGUUGUGGUCUUCCAUUGAGGAGAGGGAGCUGGCCUCAGACAAGAAAACUACUGGUGAGAGACAGACUGUAUCCCUGCUUGUGAAAAAGACUGGUCUUGAUGAUUGUGUUAAAUCAACCAAAUCGCCAGUCUGUUCUUCAUCAGUAGUGCUUGAGAAUGGAAAUGAGAACAUAAAAGGGUCAGAACAGAAGGAUGUUAACAGUUUGAAGGAAAGCAGAACGGGUGAUUGUCCUGAAUUCUCUGAUAAGUCUGUUUCUCUUUCCUCUCUGUCCAGUUCUUCUCAGCCUUACUCUGCUAGUUCUUUCCAGUCUGGUGCUCUCAGCUCUAAUAAAGCAGAAUCUCCGAAAAAAUCUGCAGCGGAGGGCUUGGAUGUCAAAGUGGACAGUUCUGGCAAGAAGAAGCUGCUUCAGGCAUGGGUUUCACCCUCUGAAACACAUUCCAAUCAAACUCAGCAGAGUGGUGGAACUGUGCCUGCUAAGCUCAGACUUCAUCCUGUGAAGCCAAUGAAUACUACAACAAAUAAACCACCUGCAAAAACCUUGAAUGUCACAGCAAAGAUCCUGGAUAACCAAAAUGAAACCAAUCUAAAGAAAUAUGACCCUUCGGAUCCUGCUUAUGCUUAUGCUCAGCUAACACACGAUGAGCUGAUCCAGCUGGUCUUGAAACAGAAAGAUGUGAUAGCAAAGCGAGAUAACCAGGUGCAGGAACUGGAAGACUACAUUGAUAAUUUGCUGGUCAGAGUCAUGGAAGAAACCCCAAACAUUCUUCGGGCACAACCCCACAUGAACAAAAAAGCCGGACGGAUGUAAAAUGGCAAUGAAA